AUGACUGGUAGUGGAAGUAUGGAGAUGAUAAGCCGCAGAAUUCAGGAGAAACAUCCUGGUACAAUAGUGUACAAUGUAAACAGAUUUGAAAGUUGGUCUAGCUUAGAGACCAUGUGGCAUCAAGUGUUAGAAAUAGGAUUGGAUGUUGCAAACAUUUCUAGUAAACACCCUGAAGGAAUUAAUCUUAUUGGUUACUCUCAAGGUGGUUUAGUGGCACGAGGCAUAGUGCAGACAUUCCCCAAUAUAUCCGUCAGCACAUUCAUAUCACUGAGCUCACCGCAAGCUGGACAAUAUGGAGCCGGUUUCCUGCAUGUGGUAUUCCCAGGCUUGGUGAAAGAAACAGCGUACGAGUUAUUCUAUUCUAGAGUGGGUCAACACACUUCUGUAGCCAAUUACUGGAAGGAUCCAUAUCAUCAAACAUUAUAUGAGUCAUAUUGUGUGUAUCUGCCUUAUAUCAACAAUCAUAUUCAGUCAGCAAAAUCGGAUGAUUUUAAAAAUAAUUUACUUCGAUUAAAGAGGCUAGUGCUUAUUGGAGGACCGGACGAUCAAGUUAUAACGCCAUGGCAGAGCAGUCAAUUCGGCUACUACGGUGCAAACGAAACGGUUAUAGGAAUGCGUGAUCAAGAGAUAUAUUUAUCAGACAGAAUUGGCCUCAAAACGUUGGAUAAAACGAAAAGGCUUCACAUUGUAACUGUACCUGGCGUCAAUCACUUCAACUGGCACAUGAAUGUGAGCAUUGUUGAUGAUUAUCUGUUGCCAUACUUAGAU